AUGAGACCGACUCAAGAAAUCGAUUAUCCAAAUUCUGGGCACCAACCGGUGUACGAAUCCGUCUUGACUGACAAUCUUCAGAUGAUUCUCAUUCUCUCCUUGUUCGGGGUGGCUUUUUGCGCCAGCUCUAUCGGCGCUUCAAAGCUCGCGCUUUCGUCAAUAACCACAGAGGCAUUAUGGCGGCAAACUGGUCGCUACUCCGCCAACUCAGAACUCUUACGCAUCAAGGAUAGGAGAGAAUCCGGCUUCUUGCUAUCGCCGACUCAUGAAGAGGAGAUCACAGCACUUGUAGCCAGUAUGGUGCAUUCUUAUAAAGAUUUGCCAUUGAGAUUGUACCAAACUGGACGGAAGUACCGCGACGAACGAAGACCAAGACAGGGCUUAUUAAGGGCUAAGGAGUUCAUGAUGAAAGAUCUCUACACUUUUGACUACUCAACAGAAUCUGCGCUAAGAACCUAUGAGGAAGUACGGAAUGCCUACAACAAUCUCUUCAACGAGCUCAGACUGCCUUACCUUGUUGCUGACGCCGAUUCUGGCAACAUGGGAGGCAGGCUAAGCCAUGAAUAUCACUUCGUUUCACCCAAAGGUGAAGACAAUGUGUGGUCUUGCAACUCAUGCGAUUACAUUGCGAACGAAGAGCUUGCGGAGAAGAGCAGCCAAAACCCCACGUCAAAUGACGAGAGCUGGCAUGCGUUCACUGGUAUUAGCGUCGACAAGAAGACAAAGAUCAAUGUAUGGAUCCCGCGUUCGUCCUCGACCGCGACAACAAAAGCGAAUCAAGGGCAUGAAUGUGUCAAUCUACAUGCUGUCAAAAAAGCACUUCCAGAGAACAUUGAGCUAGAUACUGGCAUAGAAUCCUCAUCACUCACUGCUUUGCUCCAAAAGACCACAGACAUCAUUGACCUCUUCGAUCCCUCCCUCACCUUCGACAAACACGAUAAAUCCCUUUCUAAUCCUCAAUCUUCCGCCCUGAACCUUACAACCAUCGAGACUGGCGAUCCAUGUCCUCGUUGUUCCAACGGAAAGCUCGACGUCCAAAAGGCUAUCGAGGUAGGCCAUACUUUCCACCUCGGCACCCGAUACAGCAAGCCUCUUAACGCAGUAGUUGCGUUGCCAGACCAAAACCUUUCAUCACCAAUUCAAAUGGGCUGUCACGGCAUCGGCGUUUCGCGUAUCAUUGGAGCCGUGGCUUCGCUCCUCUCAGAUGCCAAAGGUCUGAAUUGGCCGAGGGCGAUAGCGCCCUAUGAAGCCAUCGUUCUCACAUCUCCACAAACCGAGGAUAGGGAUGCGACAGAGGUGUAUGAUGCGCUUUACGGUGAAGUUCGGAACGGAGAUGUAGACCUUGUGUUGGAUGAUCGGUCAGGAAAGAGCGUAGGAUGGAAACUGAAGGAUGCCGAUUUGAUCGGAUACCCGGUCGUCAUUGUACUGGCCGCGAUGAGUGAGCCUUCCCGCACUCUCGUACCCAUCCUCCAGGCAGUCGCAAUCAUUGCGCCAGCCGUAUACACAGGCUUCACUUUCGCAUACAGCCAUGUCGUCAUGCCGCCCCUCAUCACGCAUGCCCCGCCAAAACUCCUAGCCAAACAAUGGCUUCAAGCCUACCAAUUCGCACCCAUCUUUGUCGCCCCCCUCAUCUUGACAGGCACUUCGAGUACUGCUUUCCUCGCCUAUACUUCCAAACGAUCUUCUUGUUCGGCGACAGUACUGUAUGUUGUCGCUGCACUGGCGAAUGCUAGUAUCAUCCCGUAUACGGCGCUGUACAUGGAGCCUGGAGUGAACGGUGCAGGGAAGUGGAAAGUGCAGGAGAUAUUGAAUGAAGAGGGAGUUGUGUUGAAGAGACUUGGGCAGGGAACUGAUACAGACACGGCAAGUGAGGCGGCAAAGAAGUGGGCUGAGAAAGUGGAUAUGAAGGCUAUUGCUGAGACAUGGGUGAGAACUAAUGCGUGGCGAUAUAUCAUUACCGCAAUCGCCACCCUAGCAAGUGCAACUGCCUCCGUUGUGAAAAGCUAG